CUUCACUGUUAUCACAUCGAUUUCAACAACGUGGCGAGGCCUACCUCCAAUCGAAGUCCUACCUUGAGAAAAGCAGAGAGGUCUGAUUCGGCGAUGAUUUUGAUGAGGCCGCAAUGCUCGUAUUUGUCAUCCCAGAGAUGCCGGAUUUGAUUGAAAUCGCAGCGGAGAUGAUUGAAAUCCCUAGUUCCGCUCCGCCGCAACCGACGUGCCUAGCUCCGCCGCAAUCCGACUGGCCUAGCUAGCCACCCAUAUUUCUAUCUCUCUCUCUUACUAGAUUUUGCGGUGAUAGAGAAGGGAAGAAUGGUCGAUGGCGAGAGGGAGGGAGCGUGCGAGAAGCCCUUGAGGAUUUGGGCGACGGAUCUGUUUUGGAGAGGGGAAGCGGCGGCCAUUGCUGGGGCCUGGGAAGCCAACCGAGAGGGGAAGCGGCGGCCAUUCCUCAGCCGCGAAUUCACUUCCUCGCAGUUCCGCAUCGACGAGCUCAUCCAUAUCAAGGAGCAGCACGCCGCCGGUAUUGAGCUUCUUGUCGCCGGAGGAAGAGGUGGGUUAAUCCAGCUUGGGAUUGAAGAAGAUAAUGAUUAAUCGAGGAAGAGAAGGAUUAAUUGUGUCCCAAAAAAUAAUCCACAAAUCAUAUUUGUUUUUUUUAUUUUUAUAAUUUUCUUUUUUUAUAUGAAAAAUAAUUAUAAAUUAAUAAUAAAAGAUCCACGUCACAUGCCACAUAAGCGCUUACUAGACUUUCUGUUAAAAACUGACGGUCAACGCUAGUCAACUCUAACGGAAAAAUAGUUUAGGACACAAAUGUCAUAUCGAAUACUUUAGGACACAAAUGACACAAAGUUAAUAGUUUGGAUUUCCCAGUGGUAUUAGCCCUAGAUUCUAUGGUGGUGCUAAAACCUUAUUUUGAUGGUCGAAUGGGAUGUUUCCUAUGAUUUCUUGUUAGUAAGAAGAAUCAUGUCUCGAGGGCUCUUCUGAUCGGCCAACACAAAUGACGUUUUGGUGCCUCUCUGCGAGCAUAAAGCUCCCUGCAUUGUAAACAAGUCUGGUACUUUUAGGAAUCCGGAAAGGCAGUUCUAUUGUUGUUUGAGAGUAGAGAAGUGGAGUCGCGAUGCGGCGAGAUAGAUGAGAAACGUGAGAUCGUGAGGGACAGAAGGACAGAGGGACUGGGUGGCCUUGACAAUUAGGUUUUUUUUGGAUAUCUGGGCUUUUGUGUUGUGUUGGGCUAAGAUUUUUAGAAGGAAUUUGGGCUUUAGGGCUGGGUUGGGUGCAAGGCAAGGGUGGUGCCAGUUUACCGGUUUUAACCGGUUUAUAUCUGUUGCGGUUUUUCUCCAAAUACUAGAAACCGGAAUUCGGAUCGGACUGGGUCAUAUCCGGUUUCUGGUUACAACUAGGACCGUUUAAACUGACCAGUUUUCAGUUUGAGUGGAAAACUGAAACCGGAUUCCCAACCCUAGGACACCUUUAAGACCUCAACGGCUGGAAAGUGCGGUCGGCGUGCGGCCAAAUGGUUAACAAUUCUAGCCGCUCGAACUUUCCUACCGGUUUUGGAAACCUGGCCGUCUACUAUUAAAAAAUUAAAACAAAUAAAUAAAAAUGAAAGAUGUUGGGAGAAGAGAAGGCAGUGGGGGUAGCUUCUGAUAAUUUCUUCCCUUUGACGGUGCCUCCCCCAUAGUCGAGAGGCUGACAAGCAAACCUCUCCUUCGCCACCUGAUUAAAUGCGGGAGGCUAGCUAGCUAUUGUUGUAAUUUCAUUAAACAUCUUACUUUGAC